UAAUGGCAAACACUUCUUGAUCCUACGCAAUGCUCAGUAUUUACAUUUCUGGCAGUCAAUUCUAUGCGUAAACUGUCAUGUUGACCGUGAAGUCCUUCAAAUCGCCCUGUUUCCUUGCUAAUCAUCAGAGUGCUUCUCCCAAUCUACCCGGCUCAAAAGUCCGAUACCGUGCUCCGACACCACACACAGCACCACAUUUAAAGUGUUAUAUCUUUCUUCAUAAGGCACUUACUUUGGCAUGUCACACACAUGAAAUCUCAUCUACUGACUCGAAGUAUUAAACCUUUGAAUGUUCCCAAGGAAUAGACACGCACUGGGCUUAUCGCAUUUCAGGGCCCUGUCUCCUGCUGUCGAUCAGGAUCGCUGUUCUCGAGAAUGGUUGCAACCCCUCUAGAGAGAGACGGGAAUGGGAGCCCCAGGUUUCGUGGAUGUACCAAUAUACGGGACUUCGAGUUCUUGGGCAAACUAGGUGAAGGUACCUUCGGGGAGGUAUACAAAGCCAGGUCGAAGAGAGACAACACCAUUGUCGCGCUAAAAAAGAUCCUUAUGCACAAUGAGAGAGAUGGGUUCCCCAUAACCGCUCUCCGCGAGAUCAAGCUCCUCAAAAUGUUAUCUCACACUAAUAUCUUACACCUCAGAGAGAUGGCCGUGGAACGCAGCAAAGGGGAAGGACGAAAGAAGCCAAGCAUGUAUAUGGUCACCCCAUACAUGGAACACGAUCUCUCAGGGCUUCUAGAGAAUCCGAGUGUCCGGUUUACUGAAGCCCAGAUUAAGUGCUAUAUGUUACAACUUCUGGAAGGGCUCAAAUAUCUGCACGCGAACUCUAUCUUGCACCGCGACAUGAAAGCGGCCAACCUACUCAUCAGCAAUAAGGGUAUUCUUCAAAUUGCUGAUUUUGGUCUGGCUCGCCCAUAUGAGGAACCUCCUCCUCAGCCCGGCAAAGGUGGCGGAGAAGCAAAGAGAGAUUACACCACUCUUGUUGUGACUCGCUGGUACCGCCCUCCGGAGCUUCUUCUUCAACUUCGGCGCUACACUACAGCAAUCGAUAUGUGGGGUGUCGGUUGUGUCUUCGGGGAAAUGUUCAAGGGAAAACCGAUCCUCGCUGGCAACAGUGAUCUCAACCAAGCUCACCUUAUCUUCAAUUUAGUCGGGUCACCUACAGAAGAGACGAUGCCAGGAUGGUCUUUGCUUCCUGGAUGUGAUGGUGUUAAGAGCUUUGGAAACAGACCCGGGAGGUUGCCUGAGGUUUUCAGAGACCAAAGCUCCAAUGCGAUCUCCUUGUUGGGGGAACUUCUGAGGCUUGAUUGGAGAAAAAGAAUCAAUGCCAUUGAUGCAUUAAAGCAUCCUUAUUUUGCUGAUCCACCACUACCUGCACGGCCGGGUGAGCUGCCAUCGUUCGAAGAUUCCCACGAACUUGACAGGAGAAGAUUUCGGAGCAACAGAGCCGUAAUGCCCCCUGCACCAACUGGAGGUUCCAUAGCAAUGGCCACAAAUGGAAGCUGGACUACUGCAUCUGGUACCAGACCACCUGUUGCCGAAAAUAAGAGUAGCCGACUCCCUAGUGCCGUCCGUUCGAGCAGGCCGCAUCCCAGUGCGAGCCAUGGACAUUCUCAAGCUCGUUCUUUCGACAAUCGACUUGCCGAAUCGCACACAUCACAAACCAGAAUGGUUGAAGAGUCACAUUCAGGUCCUUGGCGUAGAGGUGGCUUACCCCCAAAACCUCCUGCAUCGGCACAUCAAUGGCACUCUGGUAACAUGAGCAGAGUUGGACGUGAAAGAGAUUAUAACCGUCUAGUUGAUUAUUCUCGCGAAAGGGAUAUCAACAUCAACCUUAGUACUGAUAGGCAUGAUUACCUCGAAAGCCAAAACUCCAGGCAUGAUCGAUCACGUGAGAGUCUAUCCAGAAGAAGAAGCCGGAGUCCCUUCGCGAGAGAUGGUGUCCGUGACACGGAUAGAGCUUUCUAUCGCAGAUGA